AUGUUUGCUGCUCGCCGCUUCACCGCCGCUGCUCCCCGCGCUCUCGGUGCUCAGUCUGCCUUGUUCCACGCUACGCGCCCUGCCUUGGUCAACGUCGGCGAUGCUGUGCCCAACGUCGACCUGGUCGAAAACUCGCCCGGAAACAAGGUCAACCUGGCCCAGGAGUUGAGUGGAAAGGGUGUUAUUGUCGGAGUCCCCGCGGCUUUCACUUUUCUUUCCCCAGGCCCCGCAUGCUCCAGCUCCCACAUCCCCGGAUAUAUCAACCACCCCAAGCUCAAGGAUGCCGGCAAUGUGUUUGUCGUCUCGGUCAAUGACUCGUUUGUCAUGAAGGCGUGGGCCGCAUCGCUGGAUCCCACUGGCAAGAGCGGCAUUCGCUUCCUCGCUGACCCGGCCGGCGCCUUUACGAAAGCGCUGGACCUCGACUUCGACAGCACUACUAUUUUCGGAAACAACCGCAGCAAGCGCUACGCUCUGGUGAUUGAGGAUGGCAAGGUCAAAGAGGCCCAUGUUGAGCCAGACAACACUGGCCUGAACGUUUCCGCUGCCGACAAGGUACUUGCUUAA